ACUCGCUGUAACUUCACGGGUAAACGCACUGGUUGGAUUUUAGUGUAUCAAACAUGUUCACAAUUUCUGGAAAAGUGGGUCUCGUAACCGGUGGCACUCAAGGAAUUGGGGCGGCAAUCUCAAAAGAGCUCUUACGGGCUGGUUUAAGGGGUAUCGCUAUUAUAGGAAGAAGCGAAGACAAGGGAGCACGAAUGGUGAAAGAACUAAUUGAAGAGUUUGGCACAAACAGAGCAAUAUUCAUCAAAGCUGACGUAUCCAUUAAAGAACAGUUUCAUGAAGCGUUUAAAAAGUCGGUAGAAACAUUCAAGAACAUAGAUAUCGUUGUAAAUAAUGCUAUGAUAUCGACAGCGGAAUGGUGUACAUCUAUCGCAGUGAAUUUGACUGGAAUGAUCACAGGAACAGUGCUCGCGUACGAAAACUACCUACCAAUGUACGCAACUGACCACAAAGGCGUUGUAAUAAAUAUUUCGUCACCAGCCGGACUAUACGGCGCUGCGCACUCUCCACAUUACGCGGCCGCCAAGUCGGGCGGAAUUGCUUUAACUCUGAGUAUGGGUUGUGAUCUACACUACAAUCGGACAGGAAUAAAAGUUAUUGCGGUAUGCCCAGGAUAUACAGGUACACCUGCCAGAGUGCCAGAUAAAGAGCAUUUCUUGGGACCCGCCUACUUUGAAGCCCUCAACCAAGUUCUGUCGAAUCUUCGAGAUCCACAACCUUGCUCGGUCGUAGGAAAGGCGGUCGUUGAUAUCAUAAGGAAAGGGCGGAGUGGAUCCAUUUGGAUUGUGGACGAAAGCAAACCUCCGUAUGAGGUAAAGCUUCAAGUUGUGAGGGAAGAUCCAACACAAUCCACAACACAAUUCCAGAGAAUUAUUUAACACUUAACGUACUCCUAGGUAGAAAAAUGUAUCACAAGAGCUUUUAUAUUUUGGGUCGUAAUUUUGGGUCGAAAGCUGACCAUUUACACAAAUUUACAAAAAUUAAACGUUUAAGUGUAACAAAGAAAGGCAUUCAGGGCCUGAGGACCAAUACCACGCACAUGCGAUCGAUUGAAACACAUUUAAUUAAACAACAAUUUAACAAUUUAAUUAACAACUGAUUAUAACUGCGAUGUUCUUUAGCAGACGCACAAAAAAGUACAAAGACUAACUGAAUUGCGUUGGAAUCUUCUUUACUUCAUUUGAUUCUUGAUUUAAACGAAACUGGCUUUGUUUUAAAAGCGGCUUUUUGGUAAUGGAUAACUUUACUACAUCGAGUAGUUGAGAAACCUUCGAGAAAGGCUUAUCCGACAACUGAUCGAUAGACACAACAGUCGAACUGCUUAUCUAAUAUCCGUAUACGUAACAUGACGCUUCAUCUUAACUGGAAUUAAAACAUUAACUUUUAUCACGACGAAUUAAAAUCUCUUAGAACAUA